AUGGGUGAAAAUCGAAUAAGAAAGUCUUUGAUUCAUAAAGUUUGGGCUUCAAAUUUCGAUGCUGAAAUCUCGAAACUUGAAGAAUGUCUCGAAUUCCACACGAUUGUAUCGAUCGACACUGAAUUCCCUGGGUUUAUUAGAAACUCUCCAUGGGGCUCGAUUGACGAAACACUUUACGAAGAUUUCCGCUUCAAUGUGAACCAAACCAAAUUGAUUCAACUGGGUUUGACGGCUUGUGAUGAUUCAGGCAAAAUCGGUGGUUCAUGGGAGUUCAAUUUCUCUGAUUUCGACCCAGAAAUCGACGCUCAAAGCCCUUCCUCUGCUUCGUUUCUAGAACAGAACGGCCUCGACUUCAACAAAUUGAAGAAAUAUGGGAUACCCAUCAACUUAUUCACUGCAAAAUUCGUACAUAUCAUAAGAAAACACAACGUUUUCAGAUGGGUUACCUUCCACGGGCUGUACGACAUUGGGUAUCUGAUAAAAGCCAUGGGUAUAACGGAGGUGUUGCCGGAAACAAUGGAGGAAUUUGCGACGGUGGUGGUGAGGAGAUUGGGGAUCGUUAGGGAUUUAAAACAUAUGGCUCGAUUCUGUGAAGGGUUAGAAGAUGGGAAACUUGGGCUUGAAAGAUUAGGGAAAUUACUUGACCAAAAGCGAUAUGGAUUGAAGCAUAAUGCUGGGUCUGAUAGCUUAUUGACGGCGUCUGCACAUUUUGAAAUGAUACAAAGGUUUGAUAUGGAUGCAGAAAUUUGCGAUGGCUAUUUGUAUGGUUUUUCAAAUAAGCUUCAAUCCAUGGAUAUUAACAUGAACAUGUUUCAUCGGAAGAUCAUCACAUUUGGUCAAAUUCCCUAUGCAAUCCCACUUUACUGUUAUGUCCCUUCUUAUAUUACCUAUUAUUACUGA